AAUAUAUAUUUUCAAUUUUAUGUAAUGUUACUGUUAUGAAAUUCAGUAAUAAAACUGUGAUUUGCUUAAAUCAACAUUACCACCACGUACAGGAGAAAAAUAUAAGGAAAAUGUUGAGUAGGACGAGGAAAACCUACAGCAAGACGUAAUGAAGAAACGUAAAACAAGAAAAGGGAAAAAAAGCACGUAGCUUUUGUCUGAUCCCUUUUGCAGCUGUUAUGACACAUAUAAAUUUAUCUGUUUUUUUUGUAAUAUCUUAGUAAGUCAGACUCUUAAGCUUUGUUGUGAUAUGUAAAAUGCCUAAUUGUGGAUGGCUGUGUAGUAGCUGGAGACUUCCCCCGUACAGCAAAUGAUUUAGCUCUUCUUUCCUUCACUCACAGCUCCAAGGUUUGUUCCUGAAACCUGUAGCACAGGGAAAACUUCCUCACCAUGCCGAGUGCUAACACAUUCCGGCUAGCCAUAGUAACCGUUCUGGUCACCGUCUCGUCCCUGCAAAUUUUCCUGCCUGGCAGACAAGCCGUUCAGUUUUUAAGGCAAAAACGAGCCUAUCAGGUUUUUGAGGAGACGAAGAAGGGCCACUUGGAGAGGGAAUGUGUGGAAGAGCAAUGUAGCAAGGAGGAAGCCAGAGAGGUGUUCGAAAACGACCCUGAGACGGACUACUUCUAUCCUAAGUAUUUGGAUUGCAUCCAUCAGUAUGGAAGCCCAUAUGCUAAGAAGCCUGAAUUCAUCACAUGUGUUCACAAUUUACCCGACCAAUGCUCUCUUCAACUUUGCAAUCCAGAAGGAACAGUAAGGUGUGACGAUGUAAAGGGAGACUACAUCUGUAAUUGUAAAGAUGGAUGGAGAGGAAAAAACUGUGAGGAGGAUAUUGAUGAAUGCCAAGUGAAUAAUGGAAGCUGCCAUCAUAUCUGCAAGAACAAACCAGGAAGCUACCACUGUCUCUGUCAGAAUGGCUAUUUCCUUCUCCCUGAUAACAAGACUUGUCAUGAUGUUGAUGAGUGCAAAGUCUCACCAGAUAUAUGUGGAGAAGCAAACUGUGUAAAUUUAGACAGCUCCUAUGAAUGCCAGUGUCACAAAGGAUUCAAGUAUGAUGCAUCAUCAAAGUCUUGUAAAGAUGUGGAUGAAUGCGCUGCUGCUGUUUGUGCACAGACCUGUAUCAAUUCCCAUGGAAGUUACUCAUGCCUCUGUGAUGGAUCAGCUGGUCUCAAAUUAGGAAGCAACAUGCACUCUUGUGAGAGUAUUUUACCUUGCGCAUCACUUACCACUGCAAGGAGCAUCAAGUCACUGUUUCUGGGGAGACUGUUUAGUGGCAUUCCUGUAGCAAGACAACGAUUCCGAAGAAAGCAGCACACAAAGUUUACAGCGGAGUUUGAUUUCAGAACAUAUGAUCCUGAAGGUAUCAUCUUGUUUGCCGGAAGCCAGAAAGAAAAAUCCUGGAUUUUAUUGGCUAUUCGCAAUGGAAAAAUAGAGCUACAACUGAAAUACAAAGGUGUAGGCCGAGUGACCAGCAGUGGACCAGUAAUUAAUGAUGGAAAGUGGCAUACAAUUUGUGUUGAAGAAUCUAAUCGCAAUUUGAUUAUCAAAGUUAACAAAGAAGCAGUUAUGAAAAUAGCUAUUUCCGGAGAUCUCUUCUCUUUGAACAGAGGCUUGUAUGAGUUAAACUUGACAAUAGGAGGAGCGCCUUUUUCAGAAGAAAACCUUGUUCAAUUGAUCAAUCCUCGCAUGGAUGGCUGCAUGAAGGGGUGGAAUUUUCUGAGUGGAGAGGAUGCUACUAUCCAGGAAACUGUGAGAUUGAAUGAAAAAAUGCAGUGCUUUGCUUCAGUAGAAAAAGGAUCCUACUACCCAGGAAAAGGAUUUGCAUCGUUCAGCAUUAAUUACACACAUCCAUGUGAUAGAUGUAAAGCAGAUGAGAACUGGGCAGUGAAGCUGAAAGCUGAUAUUCAUCCAGUGACUGACACAGGUGUAAUGUUUGCAUUGGUUGAGGAAGACGAAGUUAUUCUGUCUUUGGCACUUGUUGAUUAUCAUCAUACACACAAAGUCAAGGAUCAGUAUAUUGUUCUGGCGAUAAAAAAUAUGGUAAUUUCCAGAGUGAAUUUGACAGUAUGUGAUGCUCAGGAGCACAUCGUGAAGAUCUCCGUGACCAAACAUCAGGUGACUCUGACAGCUGAUGGAUUGACAGGACAGACUGAUGUGGAAAAAUCUAAGCUAGACACACAACUUGGCACUCUUCACAGACAUAUGCAAGACAUGAACAUGAAAACAUACCUUGGAGGUUUGCCAGCUAAGAUUUCUACUGAGUCAACUCCAGUUACAGCUUUUUACAUUGGCUGCAUGUCUGUGGAGAUUAAUGAUAAGGUGGUGGACUUGGAUGAAGCAAACCAAAAACAUAGCAACAUUAUGUCUCACUCAUGUCCUCCUUUAUCAGCAAACCAGUAGUCUUGCACUUCUUAAGGAGUUAAUUAGAAUUAAGGCUUGUCAUACAUAUAAGUUAUACUUUUGAUUUUUUAUUAUUUCAGUUCUGUUUAUAACUUUGUUUCGUUGUACUUUGUACCUACUGCUGCUGUCACUAAUAAGAGUUUUGAUGUAAACAUUUUUUUGAACUUCUGGGAAUCGGCCUUCAGUCAUAUGGCAGAAUAGAAUUGUUGCAUUAUUAUUAGCUGAAUAAACAAUUUCAUGUGUGGUAUCUCUGAAAUGAGAGUAUUUGUAGGGGUCCAGAACUUUUUGAAAUGGUGACACCAAGAUAAAUGCGUUUGUCGUGCAAGUCUCAGUAUUUUUUUCAUCGUGUAUACAUGAGGAAAUAUUGACUUGUCUGAUAGAAAACAGAAUUUACCAUCUUAAUUACAACAGUAAUCUGUGUCAUUUUUCUUAGCUUUAUUGUAUUUUUUCAAGGAUAAUUGUCGUAUAAUUUUUGGAUUUAUUUUGGCCUUGAUAAGCAUCAGUACUUAAAAACAUACAUUAUGACAUAUAAGAUGCUGCUUAUUAGUCUACCUUCCCUUGGAGCAAGAGACCAUGUGGAUUCCAGGUAUUCCAGAAAUUAAGAUUAAGGACAGCACCCAUUGCCAGAAUGUAGACAGUCAGUCAUGUUCUGCAUAUAUUUUAUGUAAAAUGUUACCACUACACAACCAGGAUUACUACUGCCAGUCACAAGAAAGCAAACAACUGGCAUAGUUCAUGGAAGUGUUUUGCAAGAAGAUCUUGGUCUUGGUUUGAUUCAGGGACUACAAAAGAUAUCAAUUUAUCACUUAGUAAAAUAGUCCCCUCUCCAUAAGCAAUGUUUCCAGUGAGAGCUCCAUCAGGGUACAGCUGCUUGGCGGUGACCAUGGCACAGGACAGCACCUCUGAAUAAAGUAUAUGUGACGGUGCUCUCACAGUAACUGCUACAUUGCUGACUAUCAACAGCCUAAGGCACCUUGGUUGUGUCUGUCACAGCCAGUUUCUAGUUCUGACUGCUGUCAGACUUUAAUGGUAAUAUAAUAUCUAUAAUGCACAGUCCCAUGAGUUUACCUGCAUUAGCCUUUGUCUUUUGUUUCUCACACUAGGUUUGUGCUCUGAAUCAUCUAGCCUGUACCAUAUCCAGUGUUGCUAAUGUCCAUUGGUUUCCUGCUGUCAUUUCUUCCAAUCUGUCAUUCGAUAUCUUUGCCUUCAGUGGUGCUACUGCUGCUUAUAUUACAUUGAACAAUCUUUUAUUUCCAUCCAGCCCACAACUCAGGAGGGUGUAAACAAUUUUCUGAAGAUAGUCAUAAUGAUUUUUUUCUUUUAAUAUGGAUGCAGCAAGAACAGUUAUUUUGCAUUUGCCUCAGGAGUAUGUUUUUUGUUCAUAUUUGUUCAGAAAUAUCUUUUAACUGUUAUGUUGCAUACAUGGAGUGUUAAAAAUGCUGUGACUGUUGCUUUCUGAAGCAGUUCUUAAAGAUGGUACUGCAGCCUGGUUUGCAUGAAAAGUCUUACAGUAAAGGAAUAGGAAUUGCAUGUACUUUCAUUUCUCUGCUGCAUUUGACGAUAAUAUGGAACCAUUAUGUGACAAGAGUGCCUACAAAAAGAAUACACUUGAGAGUGUACAAGAGUGAACAUGUAGGCAUUUUUUUUUUGCUUUUGAUAUCCCAGAUGUAAGAAUCGCCAUCAACCAGUGGGCUUUUCUGAGUAUGCCAUUUGGAGUGAAGUGAGAUUGCAGUACAGACUUAAGGCUGAAAACAAAUGCUUUGCCUUUUGUUAAACUAAGUGCUAAGUGUGAGAUACACCGAUGUAAUGUCACUUGGGUAUUGCAGUUGUGGUACAUGGCAUUGGCACUGUCAUAUCACUGUUUGGCUGUAGUAGGUGUUCCGUUUGGUCUGCAGGCUUUCUGUAUGGGUAUACACACAGCUGUAAAUCAUGAAAUGGUCCCCCCCCUUCAGCUUUAGGAGCUACAGUCUUACCUGGCGUAGCAUGUAGAUAUACACAGAUACUUUUAAUUAUACAGUUUGGUAAAAUGUGCUUCUUUCUCUGACGGUAACUAAUAAGUCAUAAUACUAUGAAUUUGGAGCUCCAUUUACUCAUUUGUUAACAGGGUAGUGUAAUCUCGUUCAGACAUACUCUCUUCUGCUAUGGUUUUGGCCAAUAAUUACAAAUAUAGUGAAAAAUCAGGAAUAUAGUAUGGUCAUGUCAUGUUUUGUGCAUAGCAGCAUUGUGAUGUGCAAGUAAUCCAUUGUUCUAGUUAAAUAGACCUUAUAAGAUUGCAAAUUAGAUCAUUAAUCAGGAAGUAGGCCAUUUACAGAACACACACAACAUGCAUUUCUUUUCUCCCUUGCAUGUUGGUAAUCGGUGUAUGUGCAGAUAUUUUGGACAAGGUAAAGAUUAACAGUUGCAUAUUUUGGUUACAUUCACUGUUACGUAUUUUCAGUUAAAUAGAGCUUUUUUAAGCAUCAUAAAUAUCUAAAAAAAUAAAAGCUCUUGCUAGCCAGUUAUUACUGUUUUAUGCUUGGUUUAAAUUUUAAAAGCUUCUAUAGACAUUCAUUUUAAUUCAUCAUAUGUUUACACAUUAAUAAAAGCUGUCAUUUUUUGUCAAAACAAAAAUGAAUUGUUUGACUAUCCUGUAAGAAGCAUGUAUUCUUCUGGGGGGUAUGACAUCAUUUUUACCCCCCCCCCCACACACACACACACUUCUGUCUUUCACAUUUAAUUAUGCUUUAUUUGUUUGACCCAAGUGCCAGAGCUUUUGAUGGGUUUGUACUACCCCUUACUAAAUUGCUGUUACAGUAUACCCCUGCACCAUGAAUUGAAAAUGUUAUGUUCUUUUUGAUACCUACUUGAAUCAAUUAUGAAUUUACUCCAAGAAAGAAUUGUGGUUUGAUAUUUUUAUUCUUUGUAAUGAUUUUUAUGUAAUAUAUGUGUAAAUAGUUAAUGCUGGAAAUGUAUCUGCACAAUUUGAUUGUAGCAUUUAAGUCUAACCAUUAGACAUUCUCAAUUUUACCAAAGCAAGUGCAUUUUUAUAAUUCCAGAGGGAAAAAAAAUAUUUUUUGCACAUAAAUAAAAUGUUGGUUGGUAAAGCUGA